AGGCAUCAAUUUGCCUCCCUUAUCUACUCAUGCAGUCACUCACCGAUCACACCAAAUCUUACAUUCACCAAAAAUAUCACAAGACCAAAACAAAAAAUGCCACACUUGCCCAAAUCCUCACAGCAGAACUUCAGCCCCAGGAAGCCUGGUCCUUAGUCACUCAGCAACCUGGGGUUGUGUGUGUGUGAUGUCAGCAUGCAGUGUCUGCCCACUUCGAUACCACACCAAUCCCACCCCACCUCCCCAAGUUGGUGACAACCCGUUACAGACUAAAAGACUAAGAUACCAGUCCCCAAGUCUGAGAGAGGGAGUCAAUGGGCCAGUGUCCAGCCCCAGUCCAAAGGACAUCUCCACAAGACUUGGUGAGGGUGGCACAGAUCUUCCAGUGAGAAGAGGACAAAAACAGCACCCAGCCUAGUGCUGCUGCCUUACUCUGUCUUCUUCAGGGCACUUCUCAGAGUAUCUCUCCACUGGGCAGAAGCUCCCCAGGGAUCAAGUCCAACCUUAGGUGGGGGAGGGAGGAACUACAUAGGGACAAGAGUAUGGAGUUACAGUGAGCAUCCAUGAUGUUGCAGAUGGCCUUCAUAUCCUCACUUUGUCUAUGCCUCUUCUGAUUCCACAGGCCUCUAGUUCACUGCCCAGAUUGUUUGGACCAUUGUGACCUCCAUCUCUGAUGCCACUCCAAAGGCCCUCAUGUGGCCAGUGGUGAUUGGCCUCCAAAUCUCCAGAGGCUCUGUAAGGGUUAGUAGGUAUGAUACCAUCAACCCCUGCCCUCUGCAAAAAACAUUUUUUUUUUAAAUAAAUGUCCACUUGUGUUUGAUUUUCAGAGACUGCCUGGACAUGUCCUUGCAGUUUUCUUGGUAGGUUUUUCAGAAAUGGUUUGCUAUUGCCUUCUUCUUAGGUCUGAGAGAGAGUGACUGGCCCAAGGUCGCCCAGCUGGCUUUGUGCCUAAGGUGGGACAAGAACUCACAGUCUCCUGGUUUUUAGCCUGACACCUUAACUAUUACACCAAACUGGUGCACAAAAGUUAGCCACAAACCUCUCCCCAUCCAUCCACAUAAAUACAAACAAAACAGGGAAAAGAAACAAAACACACAUACAGUCUCAAGCCCCCUCAAACUACCCAGGCUCUUUCAGUCAGCAGUUCUGAGGGCCACAAACACCCAAUUUUGUGGGGAAUGGGAUCCAAGUAGCCUUGGGGCUUCAUGUUGGGCAUAUGAGAGCCAGUUUGGUCUAGUGGUUAGGGUAGUGGGCUAGAAAUCAGGAGACCGUGAGUUCUAGUCCUGCCUUAGGCAUGAAAGCCAGCUGGGUGACCUUGGGUCAGUCCCUCUCUCUCAUCCCAACUCAGCUCACAGGGUUGUUGCUGUGGGGUUAAGAGGAGGAAGAAGGUGUAUUAGGUAUGUCUGCUGCCUUGAGUUAUUUAUAAAAAUAAUAAAGGUGGGUUAAAAAUAAAAUAAAUAAAGUAAAGUAAAGUAAAGUAAAACAAAACAAAACAAAACAAAACAAAACAAAACAAAACAAAACAAAACAAAACAAAACAAAACAAAACAAAAAUUUGAUCAGCAAAUUUCCCUGAAAUACAGAUUGUUAUACAAAAUUAUUCCAAAUAUAUGGAAUUUUAGCAAUGUUUCAAGCUUCGUCCAUACUUUAAGUGUCUGACAACUGUUUUGUGACAUGUUUUUUUCUGAUAUAAGUUUUUAUGGACUACAGUCGGUUAGAGAUUACUAUCCCUGAAAUAAAUGUUUGUACCAAUACAAACCAAGCACUCCAUAAAUGUUCUAUACAAUUCAUCCUCUUUCAACCUUAUUGUUUCCCAAAACUUUGAGCAGAGGCUGGAAUGCUAGCAGAGGGCACCCAUACUCCAACAAUACCCAUCCUGGAGGAUACAGCAAUUUGCUUCCAUUCAGAUCCAUGGCAAUUUUCCUUUAUCUCCCUUAUGUGAGCAAUUUAAUCAUCAUUAUCUCCCCUUAGGUUUAAUCAGUUAUAUUUUCAAAACCAUUAUAGCAUAGACAGUAUAUGUCCCAAGGCUUAAAUCUCCAGAAUCAUUUUCCCCUAUGAAAUAACUUGUAAAAAAAAGUGGCUCUGUGUCCUUAAAAAGAUUCUGUGGCGAAUGGCUGUAGCAUAUUCUGCUUGUAUAUGAACAAAGGAAACAUUUUGGUCCCGCUUAACUGCAGAUCUGGGAAUGCCUUUUUACAUGCAGAAGACCAUAACCUAUCCAGGUAGGAGCUGAAGCGACAAAUGAAUUCUUUUCAAAAUUCUACCUGUUUUUAACGUUCAUGGAAUCAUAGUUGCCAUGCACAUGUCUCACAUGCACCUCCCUGUAUGCAGACUGCAUGGCUAAGAAAGGGAAGAUUUGCAGAAUCACUUUAGUUGCCUUGUGUCCCUGAGGGGACGAUGGGCCAUGAAUAUUAUAAACUAAUAAAUAAACAAAUACUCCUUUUUUUAAGCUUCUUCUGAUAAUUCAUCCAUAGUAUCUACUGAAAAUUGUUGGAAUUAUAUACCUUCAUGCCUAAUACUCCAUAAGCUAUUACCGAAAGUUUGGGAAAUAUGUGUCACCCCUUUUAUCCCUGAACAACAAGAGCUGACAGUUGUGUUGAGAAGCAUGAUUGCAAAAAUAGUUGGGGGAAUUACAUCUGUCUAAGUGAACCAAACCCUGGUAUUUUAUAGAUUUCUAUUGCUGCAUUUAAACAUAGCCACUGCCAUUCCUCAGAAAAUAUGGAAAUAGUAAGAUUGCCAUAUAGACCUUGGUAUUUGUAUAUCAGUGUCCCAUUCACAAGCAAGCUUCUAAUCCAUGAAAUGGGCUGUGAAAAUAAUUUAUAUUAUUGCAUUUCAUCAUUGAUUGAAAAUCCACUUUAAAAGUCCUGUUAAUCUCCUUUGUAUGCCAGAGACAGGCAACAACAGACUUAUGUAUAACCUCAGCAAAUCAUGAAUGCAAAAUCUGAAGGGAAAAAAAAUCCACCAAUUUUAAUAGAAAUGACUGGUUUGCCUAAAGAUUGUCCCUCUUAGAAGUAUCUACUUGCAUUUUUGGUUGGGAUAGUGACUUGCCAGCAGUUAACAGUUUUGAUAAAUCAUAGUUUACAAAAUUGAAACAAAUGGAUGAACUGUGAUUUGCCGUAGAAGGAAGGAGAAUGGGCAAGCCUGAGGCAUAAUUAAUGUAGAUCAAUUAACUCCCUCAAUUAAUCAUGAGUAACUGAAAUUGAUUUCUAUAUACAGUAUUAGUUCUGAGUAAGUCUAAGUCAGGAUCCUGUACAAGUAAAUGAAAGCUUCUAAAUUCCUUCCCUGGGACCCACAGGAAGAAAAAAAUGCAGAUCUAAAAAUCAGGUUUAUUCUUGCUCAGUUUUCACUCAUAGUUUCUCUUACUUCUGAGUGUCAUUUUUCAUGUUUUCAAUCUAUAAUUCCAAACAAGUGUAUAGUAUCUAAUAGUAUUUCAGCCAAUUAAUGUUUGAAUGUCCAAAACCAUUGUUGUUGCUGUUAGUUGCCGUUGAGUCAUUUACAACUCAUAGUGACCCUACGUAUAACAGAAUGAAAUGCUAUUCGGCUAUUAGGAACACCAAAAUGUUUUACGUGAGUAUUCUUUGACAUAACCAUUUGAUAAUGAUAAUGAAAGCAUUAAAGACAGGUUUAAUGUAAAUAAUUGAUUCAUUUCUCUUUUCUGUUUUUAUAUCUAUCACUGAAGCUUUCUGUUCCCUUACGGAACACCUGACCAACUGCCCACAUUUCUUUCUUACUUGCAGAGAUGAAGAACAGGACAGAAGUGUCUGAAUUCAUUCUUCUGGGUCUAACAAAUGAUCUCAGGUCGCAACGAGUUCUCUUCACACUUUUCCUGCUGCUCUAUGUAGCCUGUUUAUUAGGAAAUGGGGCCAUUCUGGCAGUCACCCUGCCUGAGCCUUUGCUCCACACCCCCAUGUAUUUUUUUCUGGGAAACCUUUCUUGUUUGGAUAUAUGCUACUCUACAGUCACUGUGCCAAAAAUGCUAAGUGGCUUCCUUAUAAAGCAACAAUCUAUCUCCCUUAUCAGCUGCCUCACUCAGCUGCACUUCUUCCACUUUCUGGGCAGUAGUGAGGCUGUGCUGCUGGGCAUCAUGGCAUAUGAUCGUUAUGUGGCUAUCUGUAAUCCUCUGCAUUAUACUAUCAUCAUGAGUAAAAGGACUUGUGUUAUGCUAGCUGGGGCCACGUGGGCUGCUGGCUUCUUUCAUGCUUUGAUGCACACAGUGGUGACGUCUCAGCUAUGUUUCUGUGGCCCUAAUCUCAUCACACACUUUUUUUGUGAUAUCAAACCCCUCCUCAAAUUAGCUUGUAGUAGCACAGACCUCAACUUCAUCCUGCUGAAUCUUGUCAGUGGCUGUAUUGCUCUCAGCCCCUUUUUUUUCUCUCUUCUCUCCUAUUUUUACAUCAUCUCCUUCCUCUUCUUUAAGGUCCAGUCAUGGCGGCACCGUUGGAAAGCCUUCUCCACCUGUGCAUCUCACCUGACUGUUGUGGCAAUCUUCUAUAUUCCAGCUCUCUCCAACUACAUGUUUGCUUCUGCCAGUGGCUCUUCUGAGAAAGAGAUGAUCAUCUCUGUGUUAUACAGUGUCAUCACACCAGUUUUAAAUCCCCUGAUCUACACACUGAGGAAUCAAGAAGUCAAAUCUGCUAUAAGGAAGAUUCUAAACAAAACUCUUCUUUUUGAAAGGGCCUAAAUAUCUCUAUGGCCGAAAAAGAAAUGAUGAUGAAUGUCUUUGAAGCAUUUUUAUGGGUUGAAUCUGUUGAUCAAAGAAAACCCAUUCUAUCUUCUCCCUCCAGUGAUGUCAUGUUUCAGUCACUCAGAUUCCAUCUCCAGUUCUUUCAAAUCUCUACAGGAACCUAAAACGUUUAUUCAGAUAUCUUUUGACAAGUUUGCAAUUCUGUUCAUUUUAA